GUCAGGUGCAGGGCUGCAACCCAGUACUGGGAGGAUCAUUGCGAGGUCCCUGAGCAGGAACGCAUAGGAUGAAUGCUGUAUAAAGAGGACUCGGCAACUGACUCACUUCGUUAGUGACCAUGACCGCUCGGCGCAGGGAUAGCCUGCGAAUACGACCGGCGGACAACGCUGGCUUGAGGUCCCCGAAAAAGCCUCGGCAACGAGAUCUGACAAGCAGUAGCAGCAGCAGCACCAACAACAACAACAGCAGCAACAUCAGCGCGGGACACACGAGCGAAUCGAUGACUGCCUUGCCACAAUGGAUGCGCCUGUAUUUCUACGGGAUGCACGGGGUCACGUUGGACAUCGUCCUGUCAUCGAUACGCAGGUUCUUGGAUGCCAACGAUUUCAAGCUGUUGGGGUUUUCCUCUCCCUACCUCUGCAUAGUGCACUCACUGACCCACUUUGUUUUGGAAAAGGUAUAUAUGCAGAAAAAGUGCUUCCAGGGACGCCCUUUUAUUUUUCACUUCAUUUUCUACCCGUCUCUGUACAUUGGCCUGCAAAUCUUAAUUGGUAACAUAUUCACAAUCACGGACAACAUCAGGGUGGUCUCAGCGACACAGCUUGUAAUUCAUUAUAUCCUCGCGUUGUACUUCACCAAUGUAUUUCAUAAAGGGUUAUUGCACCUGCAGUAUCACAGCCCCGACAAACGGAACCAGGCAAAACUGGCGGAGAAGAAGAGACAUCUUCCUGGGCUCCCCGGCAUUUUGCGAUUUCUGUUCUUUGGCAUGCACGGUUUCUUAGACGAGAUCAUCUUCACCUCGGUCUUUAACCUGUUCGAGAAGUCCGACCGAACACUGAGCGGACACACGUCCCUGUGGUCUUUCCUGAUGUACGGCAGCUGCAGCUUCGUCGUGGAAAAGCUGUACAUGCAUUUGCACUUUGCGAGAGGAUGGAGCACAUGGAUGCGUCUCCCCAUCUAUAUCGUGUUCAUCUACACUUGGGAGUUUUCGUGGGGACUUGCACUGCGCCAGUACGACGCCUGUUCGUGGGACUACUCGCAUUAUCCGCUGAAUUUUAUGGGUCUGGUGACCUUGCUCUAUCUCCCCGGUUGGAUAGUCCUGAGUCUCUAUCAGGACCUCCUGUCAAAUGUUCUGCUGCGUAUCGUCUGUACCAAAGAGGAGAGCUUACUCGGAACAGGUGUCAAUGGACGCCCCUCGUCCAGAAAAGCUGGUUUUAAGCGAUACAUUGAAUAGAUACUAAACUAUUGCUGUCCGGGGCUAUACAUGCCAUCAGUGGUGUAGCUACACACUAAUGUAUUUCCUCAGAGAAAAUGGACGUAGCUGUUUCAGCAGCUUUAUUAUCAAUCUGUUACGUCUUAUAACUUUGUAGUGAGAAAAAUGUGAACGAGUCAACACAAUAAUAUUUUAAAGAACCACCGUUUCAAAGAGGUAUUUUAUGUAGACUAAGAAACCGUCUUUCCAUGCACCUAUAUUGUACUGUGUCAUUGUAACUAAGUGCAUAAUGACAGUGGCAUUUGGGUCAUAGAUUUUUAUUAAUUAUGGUCGCCAGAGCUUAUGUAAGCAUGCCCUCUGUAGCCUAACUGCUUUUUUGCAUGACCUUUAACAUUCACAUGUAUCUUGCAUGGCAGUGCAGUGAGUGUUGAGUAGAUAAUGGUGAUUAGACUGGUCAACCUAACAGGGAAUAAGAUUGGUGAAUUUGCUGUAAAUGCACUGGACCUACCAACCAAUCCGCUUUAAACACUUUGAGUUAAUUGAGUGCCUUUCUUAACAGUCAAAGGCAGCUGGACUCAAGGAAACACAUGCAGAACAAACGUUGUUCAUCUGACCACAUCUAGUAGACUUAGAUUAGACCUACAACUGUGUGGGGAAAGGCCAGCAAAGGAGAGACUAUUUCCCCACUCAGUCUUAUCUCGAGCAGGAACUAUUUCUAUGAUGUUUACAAAGCCUAUGCUGCAAAGUCUAUGCAGUAGCUUCCACAACGUGUAAUGUCCUAGGGGAGAGUCCAAUGUUACAGUACAUUGUGUAUCGGCAGCUCAUUUCCUGGGAUCAAAUGAACUGGCAUAUGCCUGUCCCGACUAGACUUUGAGACUUGUGACUCAUUUGAUAUGGUGUUAAUCGGAAACUGUCACACUGCCAUACAGCAUCUAGCUAAGUUAGCCGUGCACCUUGGCACAUGAGAGUAGGAUAGCCAACUCAAAAUAGUGUCUAUUUUUAGAUGGAUAGAGUAGAAUUGAGUUCUUCAGAGCAGUUCUAACAUAGAUAUAAUUCGGUGGAGCGGUGUAUCUAGUCUACCGACUGUAGGUACACACCAAACUGGCUUUGGCCUGCUGACUAAUUCACUUGUCUCCAUACAAUAGUGACAACAACUUUACUGGACAGGUUUGCUUGUUUGAUGCUGUGAACACAAUAUGUUUGCUCUGAUUAGUGUCUACUUAUACAAGGAUUCACAAAAGUCUUCCUGAGUGUCUUGCCUCUCCAUUGUGGUGGGAGUGUGCAAGUAAGGAUAAGCAUAAUGAGGAAACAGGUUCACUGAUACUGCCUGAAAUUAACUCAUUUGAUACAUUAAUCAAUCCAUACAGUCAACUCACUUUCCCUGUAACAGGGAGAAAUGUGUGGAGUCUUAUUCAAAAUACAAUACCUUGCACUGUGAACUGUCAACUAGUGAUCAAGAAGAACAGACCCACUCCAUAAGAAGGAGACAGAUAAAAAUGUGUAAUGAAAUGAACUCCUUUUUGAGUGAUGGCUCGUUUUUAAUCUUUCUUAUUUUUUUAUAUAAAUAUACUGCAUGUUGGUAUGUUUUGUAUUUUCUCAUUUCCCUCAAGAAAUAUUGACUUGUCGAAUGAAGGGUUGUACAUCGCCUGUAUAUUUCUCAAUACCAUAAAUCUAUUUGACAUGAUGCUGUUCACUGUGAAGCUAUAAGAAAAGUGCAUUUGGGAUAUGUUGAUUGGACCAUGGAACUGUUAUGAAAUCAUAUAAAAUAAAAGAUGACAUGAUA